AUGCAGAGCUUUACCAUCAUCGCCGUUCUCUUUCUGAGCACCGUUGCUGCCUCUCCGGUUGUUGAGAAGCGCCAGUACGCGGCUUGCUCUGGACUGUACGACACGGCACAAUGCUGUUCGGUUGAUGUUCUCGGAGUAGCAGACCUUGACUGCGCCGACCCGCCUGAGACGCCCGAGUCUGCUGUGGACUUCCAGUCCAUUUGCGAAGAUAUUGGCCAGCAAGCUCGAUGCUGUGUUCUGCCCCUUCUCGAUCAAGGCGUCCUGUGCGAGACACCCACUGGCGUUACCGACUAG